AUGGAUGGAAAACAAUUAUGCCUUCUCUCCUUGGACGGUGGUGGUGUUCGUGGCCUGUCUAUGCUUUUCAUCUUGCGAGAGAUAAUGCUUGCUGUCAAUCAUGAUUCUCCCGGCCAACUGAAGCCUUGUGAAUACUUCGAUAUGAUCGGAGGUACUAGUACAGGAGGUCUCGUUGCAAUAAUGCUUGGCCGUCUUGGGAUGACAGUAGACGAGUGCAUUGAAGUUUACUUGGCUAUGAUGGACAAGAUAUUUGUCAAGAAGCACAGUCGAAUCAGUUUUCGGACCUGGCAGAUGCAAGAACGAUUUGAUCAUGAAAUUCUAGAGAAAGCGGUUAAACAGUUACUCGUCGAUCGCGGAUUAAAAGAAGACGCUCUUCUGGUGAACCCAGAUGCAAAAUGCAAAGUAUUUGUCUGCUCGACAACAAAAGAGACUUCUCUCCUCAGGCGGCUCGCGACCUACCCUUCCCGAGGCACAGGAGAUUUGACCUCAUACACCAAAAUCUGGGAGGCUGCUAGGGCAACUUCUGCUGCUAGUUCGUUUUUCGAACCCGUCGCGAUUGGACCAUACGGGGAGAAAUUCUUGGAUGGUGGUACUGGAGCAAAUAACCCAGUCAGCGAACUAUGGAAGGAAGCCAGUGAUGUCUGGUCUGAGGCUGACCUGGAAUCACAACUACGAUGUCUUGUGUCGGUCGGUACCGGUGUACCUAAACCGAAGGCGUUUGGCGACUACCCGCACCAAAUUGUGAACGCUUUGAUUAGAAUGGCGACCGACACCCAGAGAAUUGCCGACGCAUUCCACGAAGAACAUGCAUCACUUGAUGAUCAGAGAAGAUAUUUUCGAUUUAACGUCGACAGGGGUUUGGAAGAGGUUGGGUUGCAGGAAUCUUCAAAGAAAAAUGUCAUUGCCGCAGCAACUCGGUCCUAUCUCGCGACGCAGAUAGUACAGAGCAAUCUAAGAAUUUGUGGGGAGCUACUUAAAACAAGAGAAUGUCUAGACACGCUAUAUUUCGAUUACAAAGAACGACAGAGCCGGAUCACGGAAUUGAAUGAGAACGAAGAAAAAGGUCGCAUUUGGCUUCUUGACAAUAUCUCCUUCCAAUCAUGGAAGAAACGAGAUAAUCUUAACGAUCAUCAUGGGGUUCUCUGGAUAGAAGGUCACCCCGGAUCAGGAAAAUCUACUGUGAUGAAGCAGCUCGGUAAUUAUCUUACGAACUCUAAUCCAGGGGACGAUGUAAUUAUUCAGUUCUACUUCAACGCUCGAAGUAGUGACGAUCUGGCCAAAUCAGCUACAGGUCUUUUCAGAUCAUUGCUCCACCAGCUCCUUUUACAGACUCUACCUCUUCCAUCAACGCUGUACGUUCUGUAUAAAAGCAAGAAGGAGCAUUCGAAAAAUGAUAGUGUGCAUUGGUCACGUGCAGAAGUCGAGCAAGCCUUCUUCAAUGCUUUGAAGCGCCCAGGGUUGAAACCAGUCACAAUCCUUAUCGAUGCUCUCGAUGAAUGUGGAGACGAGUCAGAGGAAAGAUCACAAUCUGAGCAAAUUGAUAGUGUGUUUCAUUCCUUCCAAAGUUUUAUCAGUCAAGCCAUGAACAACAAAUGGAAGGUGAACUUAUGCAUCUCGUGUCGGCAUUUCCCUGGAAUCCGCUUUGAGAAAUGUUACACGGUCGUCACGGAGAAGAGCAAUAUGAGAAAUAUUGAGGCUUAUAUCCAUCAAACAUUACCUCUGCUAGAAACAACCCAUGGCGGUGCCUCAGAGAGAGAAUCUCUGAAACGAUCAAUUAUUGAGAAAGCGUCUGGGGUCUUCUUGUGGGUAGACCUAGUGAUCUGUGACCUUCGCCCAAAGAUACUUCAGCAAGGACAAUCUUUCCGAAGUUUAAUGAGAUCACUUGACAAUGUGCCUAACAAGCUCCACCUUUUAUUCGAACAGCUUAUUUCAAACAUCAAUGAGCCCAGUGAACGAAAGGCUUCGUCGAACCUCUUCAAAUGGAUUCUCUUCUCACAGAAGCCUCUAAAUGCAGGCGAAAUUCGUGAGGCUUUGAUAUUAUCAGAUAUCGCUCCGUUCGAUCGAUCACGACGCAAGUUAAUAGGUUCAUGGGAAGCUGCGAAACAACAGGUCGUGGAUAAUCAGAGAUUUGAGGAUUAUAUACGCAGUAUAUCCAAGGGGCUAGUGGAGAUUGUUGACACACAAAAUUUGAACGACUCCUCAGCAGUUAUGGAUCAAUACAGCAAGAGCGACGACGAAAGUGACAGCGAAGAGUCCAUAAGCUACAUUCAGACAGCUCCCGUGCAAUCAUUUUGGAAACGAAGAGUCCAGGUUAUCCACGAUUCGGUUCGGACCUUUUUUUUAGAGGGGAAUGGCGCUAGACUAAACAGCCUAGAGGAAUGGUCGUUAGAGCCAAUGCUGACGCCCUCCUAUAUUGGAAAAUGCCAUGAACAGCUACUCCGAAGUUGCCUCAAUUAUCUCAGUCUCGUGGCAAUCCACAAGUCUAUUGAACUUCGAGAGGACUCCGCUUUACUUGGAAGGGCAACUUCGAUAACACAGUCUUCGGCGUGUGAUGAGUUCAGUGCGUCCUCGAUGGAUAGCGAUGACCUUUUCGAGGAGCCAAAUUUACUGCUCCAGUACUCGGCUCGCUACAUUUUCGAACAGGCUAGGAUGGCCGAUGAGAAUGGGAUAAGCCAGGGUAGUCUUGCGAUCCAAUUGCUCCGAUUUUCGGACGGAUCCAUCCUGAGAAUGCUGCUAUCCUUCAAUAAUCAGCAACCAGUGCGCUACACUGGGGGAAGACUUGAAGCAAUCCCUUUCCACACCAUUAUCCUAGCCCUAGCAUCAUUUUACAACGUCACUAGUUGUAUUCAGAGUCUUCUUGCUCAACCGCAUGUUGACAAAAAUCAUUUGGUUCCUUGUCGCGGUCGCUUCAUUGAUGAACAACUGUGCACUCCUCUAAUGAUCGCAUGCCAAACUGGUCACGAUAAUGUUGUGAAGGAGCUGCUAAGAGCUAAAGUGGAUGUCAACAUCAAGAGUAAGCCCAAGGGCAGAACAGCGUUACACUACGCUGCCCAGAUGGACUAUAAGUCUAUCGUGAAACGUCUAGUCAGAUAUGGAGCCGAAAUACAGGCACUUGAUGACGACGGAUUUUCCCCACUUCACUCAGCCUGUUCAAACUUUGGUGGUGAUGUCAUGACAUACCUCCUUCGCAAAUCUCCAGUCAUCCAGAGGCGAGAAGAACAGAACGGUAUUCUCAGCGCUCUGUUGGAGAGAAUAUCAUCUGGGGAUCAAGAAGCCCUAGAAUUCUUCUCCAAGCUAUUGAAGGAUAUCCCGGACAUCAACUACCAGGAUUCCCAAGGAAGAACUGCACUAGGUCUGGCGAUUAACACAGGCAAUGCACAUAUCGUGGAACUGGUCCUGAGGAGCGGUGGUAGCCUUUGGAAUGGAACUGAUGUAUACAACAACCCACUGUUUAACGCUGUUCAGCGCUACUCUUUGGUUUGGGUUGUCCGUAUCAUGAUGAAUAAUGACUGGGACAUGAAGUAUGAUCUCAACAAAACCGAUAUCGCUCACGGGAAGACUAUACUACAUUGGGCUGCCGAGUCCGGUGCUGUUGAUCUGGUGGAUGAACUCCUCACAGCAGGAGUAGACUUUACCCUUCAGGACGUCUAUGGCGAAACACCUCUGCAUUAUGCUGCAGAGAAUGACCAUAUCGAGAUUGUUCAGAGACUUGUUCAGGCUGGUGCUGACGUUCACGCCACUGAUUUUAAGCGCAGCAAUUAUCGGACCCCUUUUGAUUGCGCAAACAACAAUGGGUACUCCUUAGUUGCGCGUUUCCUUGCUUCAUGUAUGGGCAUAGAAUAUGGUCCCAACAAAACCGAUGUCGCUUACGGGAAGACUAAACUACACUGGGCUGCCGAGUCCGGUGCUGUUGAUCUGGUGGAUGAACUCCUCACAGCAGGAGUAGAUUUUACCCUUCAGGACGUCUAUGGCGAAACACCUCUGCAUUAUGCUGCAGAGAAUGGCCAUCUCGAGAUUGUUCAGAGACUCGUUCAGGCUGGUGCUGACGUUCACGCCACUGAUUUUGAGUGCCGAGAUCAUCGGACCCCUCUUGAUUGUGCAACUCAUAAUGGGCAUUCGUCAGUUGCAUAUUUCCUUGCUUCAUGUAUGAGCAUGUUGUUGACUUCAGAGGAAUAA